GUCUCUUUGGCGCGAUAUGGAGAGUAGUGAUAAAUAUGAAGGGAGAGGGUAGUUGCCUCUCCGAUGUGAUCAUAUGUUUUUGGCUUUUCGUGUUGGAACUCAGACAACAUUAGGAUGAAUGAACUGUACAGCAAGGGAGCACAGGUGUGGAUUCAGCACCCAGAAAAAGUAUGGGAGGAAGCAGAAGUAAUAGAAGACUACAAGAGCAGUGUUCUGAAAGUUCGGACAGAAGAUGGCAGAAUACAUGACCUGAUCAUUGAAUCAGAUGAGAAACUACCACCUCUACGAAAUCCACGCAUUUUAAUUGGAGAGAAUGAUCUAACAUCAUUGUCUUACCUGCAUGAACCUGCUGUAUUGUAUAACCUGAAAGUUCGUUUCUGUCAGAAGAGCUCUAUUUAUACAUAUUGUGGCAUUGUGCUGGUUGCAAUCAAUCCGUAUGAUGAUCUCCCUAUAUAUGGCAUUGACACCAUCUGGGCCUACCGGGGCCAGGCUAUGGGAGAUCUGGAUCCUCACAUAUUUGCUGUUGCAGAAGAAGCAUAUACAAAACUGGAACGUGAACAGCGUGAUCAAAGUAUCAUUGUAUCCGGUGAGUCUGGUGCCGGGAAGACUGUGUCAGCUAAAUACGCCAUGCGUUAUUUUGCCACUGUUGGCGGUUCAUCAACAGAGACACAGGUGGAAAAGAAAGUCCUUGCCUCAAGUCCUAUAAUGGAGUCAAUAGGUAAUGCCAAAACAACAAGAAAUGACAACAGCUCAAGGUUUGGGAAGUUCAUAGAAAUACAUUUCAACAAACAAUAUCAUAUACAAGGAGCAAGUAUGCGCACUUACCUGUUGGAGAAAUCUCGUGUUGUCUUCCAGGCACCAGAAGAAAGGAAUUAUCAUAUAUUUUAUCAGCUCUGUGCAGCAAGAGAAGAAUACCCUGAACUUCAGUUAGCCCACCAGGAUGAUUUUCAUUACUUAAAUCAAGGUUCCAGUCCUCACAUUCAAGGUAUAGAUGACAGAGCGAUGCUUGAAGAAACAACCAAUGCAUUAAAUCUGCUGGGUUUUUCAUCUAAGGAGCAGAUGGAUAUGUUCAGGAUACUGGCUGCAAUAUUACACUUGGGGAAUGUUCAGAUAGUUGAAGCUGCUGCUGAGAAUGACCAAAAUGCAGAUGGUGAAGGAAGUGCUAUUCCUGCAGAUGAUCAACACCUGGCAAUACUAGCCAAUCUUCUUCAGAUUAAUGCAAUGGACAUGAGAAGCUGGUUGUGUCAUCGCAAAAUUGUUAGCUUGAGAGAUGUAAUCUUCAAACCAAUGACAGUGAUAGAGGCUGUCUCAGCAAGAGAUGCUUUGGCUAAACACAUCUAUGCAGAACUCUUCAAUUGGAUUGUUUCAGUUGUAAAUAAAGCAUUAUAUAGUAGUGGAACAACUCAGAAAUUUAUUGGUGUUUUGGACAUAUAUGGGUUUGAAACAUUUGAAAUAAAUAGCUUUGAACAGUUCUGUAUUAACUAUGCAAAUGAAAAACUGCAACAACAAUUCAACCAACAUGUUUUUAAAUUGGAGCAGGAGGAAUAUAUGAGAGAAGAAAUAGAAUGGAAAUUCAUAGAUUUCUAUGACAAUCAGCCUUGCAUUGAUCUCAUUGAAACUAAACUAGGAAUCCUUGACCUCCUGGAUGAGGAAUGUAGGAUGCCAAAAGGUACAGAUGCCUCAUGGACAGAGAAGCUAUACAAUAAAUGCUCCUCAUUUAAUCAUUUUGCAAAACCAAGGUUUGGCAAUUUAGCAUUCAUUAUUCACCACUUUGCUGACAAUGUGACAUACCAGAGUCAUGGUUUUUUGGAGAAAAAUAAAGACACAGUUUUAGAGGAUCAGAUUAGUGUAAUAAAAAAUGGUCAGAAUAAAUUGAUUCGAAAGCUUUUCAGAGAAGAAGAUAAUCGCAAAUUGACAGUUCCUGCAGCAAAGAUAAAAGUGGCGGCAGCAAGACCAUCAUCAACAAUGCCUGCCUCUUCCAAGCAGCACAAGAAAACAGUUGGAUCACAAUUCAGGGAUUCAUUGAAUAUGCUGAUGUCAACACUAAAUGCUACAACUCCACAUUAUGUAAGAUGUAUAAAGCCAAAUGACAAUAAAGUUCCAUUUGAAUACAAUCCAGUGCGGGCUGUUCAGCAGUUGAGAGCCUGUGGUGUUCUGGAAACAAUAAGAAUUAGUGCUGCUGGUUUUCCAUCAAGGUGGACGUAUGGUGACUUCUUUAACAGAUACCGUGUUCUUUGCUUGUACAAAGAUAUCCAAAGAGAUAACCUGAGAUUGACCUGUGAAAGAAUAGUAUCUAAAAUUAUAAAGGACACUGACAAAUUCCAGUUUGGAAAGACAAAGAUUUUUUUUAGAGCUGGACAAGUUGCAUACUUGGAAAAACUCCGUGCAGACAAGCUAAGGAAAUGUUGCAUCAUCAUUCAAAAACAAGUGCGAGCAUUCAUCUGCCGGAAGAAAUACUUAAGAGUGAAGAAGUCUAUCCUGUUGUUGCAGCGCUAUGGGCGAGGUGUUCUUGCAAGGAGGAAAGCACAUUUCUUGCGACAAACAAGGGCUGCAGUAACAAUUCAACGGUAUACGAGAGGUUGGCUUAUUCGCACAAAAUACAAGUCAUUGAAAGCUUGUGUGUUGGGUCUCCAAGCAAGAGCACGUGGUUUACUGGCUCGGCGCAGGUACCAGCAGAUGAGGUAUAAUCAUGCUGCAAUCAUAAUACAACGGUACGUCCGUGGCUGGCUUGCACGCAAGUGGUAUGCACGUAAACGAACACAAGUGAUUUUGGUACAGUCAGCUAUACGUCGCUUCCUGGCCCGGCGCAAGUUCCGUAAACUUCGGCAGGAAGCACGUUCUGUUGAGCACGUGAAGAAGUUGAAUAAAGGACUGGAGAACAAAAUCAUUUCUCUUCAACAAAAAAUUGGAGAACUGGUUAAAGAAAACAAUGCUUUGAAGCUGGCUCAGACAGAAUUGCUCGAGCUGAAACCAAAAUUUGAUGCUUUGAGAGUUGUGGAGACAGAGAAAAAACAGAUGGUUGCUUUGUUGACCAAAAAGGAUGAAGACUUGGAAACUCUGAAAAAGUCACUUGAAAAUGAGAGAGAUGAAAAAAUGGAUUUAAUUAAUGAAAAGGAACGGUCUGAAAAAGAAAGAGCAGAGGAAGUUGAAAGAAUUAACAAAGAAAACCUUAGAUUAAAAUCUGAGCUUGAUGAGUUAAAUGAGAGGAUAAAAUCUAAUCAAAUUGGUGCAGAAGAGAAUCUACGGGCACGUGUUGAGCAAGAAAAGCUGAUGCUGAUCCGUGAGCAUGAUCAGGAUAGAGAUGCUUAUCAAAAGCUACUGGCAGAGUACAACCUACUGGAACAACGGAAUGAAAGCCUGGAGAACGAACUGUCUCGUCUGCAAUGGAGUGGGUCUUCUAAAAGUAAUCAUCAGCGUUCUUUUUCUGAUGCAAGCACUGUUAGCGCACAGGAUACAACUGCAAGUGAUGUAUCUGAGCUUGGAGAAGAUAUUGAAGGUGUUCAACUAGUUCUCAAGCUCCAGCAGAAGGUAAAAGAACUGGAAAAGGAACGAAACAAGUUGCAGAAACAAGUAGAAGAGUUCCUUGAUAAACAAGACAAGCCACGUGAUGAUGAAGCAUUUUCACACGAUCGUUUUCGAUUACAACAACUGGAAGUGGAGUAUUCAAGAUUACGUGCAAAUUUGGCUAAAAUGCAAAUAGCUGUAGCUGAGGGAUCAGGACAAGAAGAAUUUUUAAGAGAAUACAAUGAGCUGCAACUUGAUUUUGACAGACAGCGGGAGGAAAAUAUACAGUUACAUAGUGUUCUAGCAAAACAAACCCAAGGUUUGAAAAAUGUAGCUAGUAACAACUAUGGAAGUCAUGUUGACUUAAUAAAUGAGGAUGGGGAGUUAGUAAUGGCAUUUGAAGCACAAAAGAAGAUAAAUAGGCAGCUGGAAGAUGAACUACAACAAGAAAAAAAUAGGUGGCAAGUAGAAAGAGAAGAACUUCAACAAGAAAAUGAGAAACUCAGAGAGGAGAAUGAUAAUCAGCGCAAGCUUUUGUCUAUGAGCUUAACUAAAAGUCCACAAACUCAAACUGAGGCUUUUAUGCAACAUGAAAUUAGAAGACUGACUUCAGAAAACUUGGACCUGCAAGAGAAACUAGAUUUAGCGAAAGAGGAACUGCGACAAUGUAAGAAGAACUUAAAACUGCAAACUAAGGCACUGAAGGAUGCAGGUUUGCUACCAAAUGAAUUGGAUAAUAGUACUGAAACAGCUGAAAGCGCAACAGAGAAAACUCUAGUGAAGAGCCAAGAUCAAAGGAAUAACAUAAGAGUGACAAGAAAGAAGGAAAGUCAUUACCAAGGCAUGUUUGAGUUUCGCAAAGAGGAUGUUCAGCAUAUCGUUAGGCACCUGAUAUUUGAGUUAAAGCCACGUAUUGCUGUAACACUGUUACCAGGAUUGCCUGCAUACAUUUUAUUCAUGUGCAUUAGGCACACAGAUUGUACAAAUGAUGAUGAGAAAGUACGGUCACUGCUGACGGCAACUAUCAACACCAUCAAGAAAGUAACUAAGAAAAGACAUGAUGAUAUGGAUACAACAGUUUUGUGGCUGUCAAACACUCUGAGACUUCUGCAUAAUUUGAAACAGUAUAGUGGAGACAAAACAUUCCAGACCGAAAACACACCAAGACAGAAUGAACAGUGUCUAAGGAAUUUUGAUCUGUCUGAAUACAGACAAGUUCUUUCAGAUAUAGCUGUAGGAAUCUAUCAGAGUCUUAUUGGGCACAUACAAGAAAAGGUACAACCAUUGGUGGUGCCAGCUAUUCUUGAACAUGAAGCAAUAAGUGGCUUGUCAAGUCAAAAACCUAGUGGGAUGAGAGGAAGAGCUGCCUCUACAUCAAGAGAUUCGGAGCCGUUUUUGGAUGCACAGAAGUCACUGGAUGCACUCCUGCAGGAACUAAAUUCUAUUCAUAAAAUUAUGGGGUACCAUGGUGUUGACCCAGAGCUUAUUGUCCAGAUAUUUCGGCAGAUGUUUUACUUCAUUUGUGCCAGUUCACUGAAUAACCUACUUCUUCGAAAGGAUUUGUGUCAUUGGACUAAAGGAAUGCAGAUAAGAUAUAAUCUAUCACAUCUUGAACAGUGGUGUCGUGACACAAGACUGCAGGAUACCAAUGUGCCAGAUACUUUACAGCCUAUAAUUCAGGCUGCCCACUUGCUACAGGCUCGUAAACUGGAUGAGGAUGUUCAGAGUGUCUGUGAUAUGUGUGAUAAACUUUCAAUGUUUCAGAUAAUCAAAAUACUCAAUCUGUAUACAACCAUAGAUGAAUUUGAAGAGCGUGUUCCUGUCAGCUUUAUUCGCAAGAUACAGGCAAAGCUCCAGGAAAGGAAUGAACCUCAGGAACAGGCUACGUUACUGAUGGACACAAAAUUCACAUUCCCAGUAAGAUUUCCUUUCAAUCCGUCAAACAUCAGGCUCGAAGAUAUAGAAGUACCAGAGGUGCUGAAUCUACCUAUGCUGAAGAAAGCUUAAACUAGAGAGAGUAGAGUUCAUCAGGAAAACAGAAAUGUACCAUGUUAAAAGGUUUACAGUUAUUUCCUUCUGACUGUCUGGGUUUUGAAGUAAUAAACAUACAAAUUGUAAUGGGUUACUAAAUUUAGUGUUACAGUCAUUAGCAGCCUAUAAAUUUAAACUUGUUUAUUGCUUCAUUCUAACGUGCAUUUCAUUCUUAUUAUAUUGUUGUAUUGUGAAUCUGGGUAAAAUGCCAGGUUGCUUACAUGUUUUUUUAUUUAUUAAAUAUAUUGUACAUGAGAUAUUUUGCUAUAAUUAUUUAAAGUGUUUCUAAUAUUUAUUUUUAUUUAACUUACUCAUUUUCAAUGAGUGUACUGUCCAUAUGUAUUUUGUUCCUUUGUUAUUUUUGUACUGUGGGAGGUGGACAAUGGGGAGUGUGUCAUGUACAUAAUUCACUUUGAUGUAGUAGUGAGUACGUACUUAACAUUGUACAUACAGCUUUUGUUGAGAUGGGUGGUGUGUGUGUGUGUGUGUGUGUGUGUGUGUGUGUGUGUGUGUGUGUGUGUGUGUGAGAGAGAGAGAGAGAGAGAGAGAGAGAGAGAG